AUGAAAAGUGGUCUAGGCACCUGUGUCAUCGCGCCGUGUAAUUGCAAUCCCGGUGGAAGCCACAACAACAUUCCACAAUGCGAUCCCUACACCGGCGACUGCACAUGCAAAGCCAACGUCAUUGGAAGAACUUGCGACAGGUGUAAGCCGGGCACUUACGGUAUGAUGGACAAUGACCCGCUUGGAUGCAAGCAGUGCUUCUGUAGUGGCCACUCAUCCGAAUGCACACUUGGACGGGAGGUUGAUGGACAGAUUGUACCAAGGCUGGACACCGAAUCAGGUGGGUCUUCUCCAUCUCCUCCUGUAGGUUACAUAGAGGGCAUGUGGGUUGAGUGCAUAGUCCUAAUCUGUGAAGGUGUUUUGCCAAGCAAUCGUGUCCGGUACUUAGUCUAA